CAGGGAGCUGCAUGCUCCUCAGCACAGAUGAGGAUGGAUAAGAGGUCUCGGAGCAAUUCCAGGGAGUCUCACAGGAGGCGCAGAGAGUCCCCAGCUACACAGAGCAAACGAGAGAAGAGGGAGAGCAGCAGAGAAGCCGCCAAAGGAAGGGGAGACAUAAAGCAGGAGAAACCGAAGGAGAUCAAGAGCACCACGGGGACAGAUGGUAGGGUGCACACGUCCACGGUGGUGGAUGUGGAUGAUGUGGUAUCUGAUGAAGAAAUGGAGGCAAUGGCAUUGCUGGACAGUGAGCAGCAAGAGGAAGGUGUAAAGUCUCCGGGUAUGGGCAUCUGUGAGUGGCUUCUGACCAUAUUGUCUUUCCUGUUCAUCAUAAUGACCUUCCCCAUUUCUGUCUGGUUCUGCAUGAAGGUAGUGCGGGAGUAUGAGAGAGCCAUCGUCUUCCGCCUUGGGCAUCUCCUUCCUGGAAGAGCCAAAGGGCCUGGCCUUUUCUUUUUCCUUCCCUGUCUGGACACAUAUCACAAGAUAGACCUCCGCCUCAAAACCCUAGAGAUCCCCUUCCAUCAGGUGGUGACCAAGGACAUGGUUACCUUGGAGAUAGAUGCUGUCUGCUACUACCGGUUGGAAAAUGCCUCUCUUCUCCUUACCACCCUGACCAGCAUUUCCAGUGCCAUACAGCUGCUGGUGCAGACCACCACAAAGCGCCUCCUGGCACAUCGAGCCUUCUCUGAACUUCUCCUGGAGAGGAAGAGCAUCAGCCAGGAGAUAAAGGUGGCUUUGGAUGCAGUCACAGGCUGCUGGGGGAUCAAAGUGGAGAGAACAGAAAUCAACAACGUGCAACUGCCUGCUGAAAUUCGCCAGUCCCUGGCUGUGGAAGCAGAGGCCCAAAGACAGGCCAAAGUGCGGGUGAUCGCUGCUGAGGGGGAAAAGGCUGCUUCGGAGUCCCUGCGGAUGGCAGCUGAGAUCCUGUCCAGUGCCCCUGCUGCUGCUCAGCUCCGUUACCUCCAUGCACUGCACUCCCUUACUGCAGAGAAACCUGCUGCUUUCAUCUUGCCCUUGCCUUUGGAGGCCAUGAACUUGGUCUCUCCAGCUACCCACAGUCCUCCGGCAGCAAGCAGCCUCCUCGCAGACACUGCAAAGCUCCCAGAAAGCCCAAAAGACAAGGACUCACCCAUGCUCUAAGAGCUGCCCCAUAAAUGUUUGCCGCACUGCACCCGGCCAGUCCUGCUCAGAGAGGAGCAGAAGGCAGGUCCGGAGGCAGGAGAGAAGGCAGCCAGGCUGUAAUAUAAAGUGGAUUGUACAUGGAA